CAGAAUCGGAAUGGCGGAGCUGUGCGAAUGGGCUCCAAGGACCAACGGAUCAGUCGUGUAGACAUUUUCCACCAGGGCUAUGCGGGGCCGCUGGAGGCCCUUCCCCGGGCAACCACGUUCCUAGAGGAGCAGGACGGGAGCCUGGUGGCCCUGCGGAGGCAGGCGAUAAAGAUGGCAACCAAGUCCCAUACAGGAGGUGAGAUGCCCCUUGAGCAACUGCUGGCACUUUAUGGGUACAACAUGCCUGAUCCUGUCCUGAAACAACAACAGGAGCCGAACGAGCUGGCAGCCAGUCUGCCUGAAAUGACACUGGACAAGGUUCAGAUAGGUAAAGCUCUACUCUCAGGAGGGGAGGAUGUGGACAGCCAUUCCUCUGCUGAUGACCUCACACUCUCUGUCACGUCCCAUUCAUCUGACCUCCUACAAUGUCACCUAAGAGCAGGUGAUGACAAAGACACUUCAGUCAGCUGCUCAGAAGAUGACUCAGAAAGCACCUCUAUCCCCUCCAGUGAUGGGCACAAGGACAUCAUGGUGGGCCCCCAGUAUCAGGCUAUAAUUCCUUCUCUCUGUACACAUGCUUUUUAUGAAAGAGCCUAUGAAAAUGAGGACCAGUUAUUGUGGACCCCAGAUGUGUUGUCCAGUCUGGGUGUAGAGAAGUUUUUGCUUGAAGUUCAGAGAAAAGGAAGUGACGAUGGACCUACAAACACUUCGACCACAGGAGAUAUAGUCAAAGAUAAUGAGCAGGCUCUAUAUGAACUAGUGAAAUGCAACUUCAAUGCAGACGAGGCACUAAGAAGAUAUCGCUUUAAUGUCAAGGUUUUCAAUGAAGAGCUUUGUGGCUGGAGUGAGGAAGAGUGUCGUAACUUUGAGUAUGGUUACCGUGCCCAUGGGAAGAACUUCAACCUCAUACAGGCCAACAAGGUCCGCACGCGCUCAGUUGGCGAGUGUGUAGAGUACUACUACAUGUGGAAGAAAUCAGAGCGGCAUGAGUAUUUCACACAGCAGGCCACCAAGCUGGGUCGGAAAAAGUGCAAUCUGCCAUCUGGCAACACAGAGGAUGCUGAGCCAGAUGGAGAUACUGGUGAUGUGGAAGGUGCCACUCAAAGUUUGUCAAGUAGGUCUUCCAUUCAACUCCAACCUCCAUCGCCACCUGCAGCCAUGGAGCUGGAUAAACAAGAUUCUGAGCGAAACAAUGGAGAGAUGGAACUAUGUGCAGGAUCUUGCUCUAGCCCACAGGGCCAGCAGUCGUUCAGCCAAUCUUCGCUUCUCCCACCAGCGCUCCAGACAUCAGACGUGGCCUCUCCGUCCACCCAGCUUUACCUCUCCUCUCUCCCUUGUAGCCACUCCGUCCCUUCUUCUCAGCCAGACUCAGGGCUCCUCGGAGCAGGUUUUUACCAGCUACAACUUGGGUCUUUUCCUGAAGACCCUGCACCUGCUUACUCCAAAAACGUUGCGUCAAGAAGGCUUCAGAUUGAUUUUUCUCCACCUUCCUCGCCUGUCCCAUACAACCCAGAUUUUGGAAUAAUCAGUAGCCUUUUGUGUCCACCUUCCUCCGUCAGCUCUGCACCCAUCCAACACAGCGACUCAUCCGUUCAGCGAAGGAAAACAUUCCAGAUCUAAGCAAACACAGCGACUGUCGUUCACCAGGAAAUUGCAGUUGUCACUUUUCAGGCUACAGCCUGAAUUACAGGGAUAGUUCAACCAAAAAUGAACGCUCUGUCAUCAUUUACUCACCCUCAUGUCAUUCCAAAGCUGUUUGAGUUUCUUCUGACGAACACAAAAGAAGAUAUCUUGAAAAAUGUUUCAGCUGAUGCUCACACUCUUAAAAAUAAAGGUGCUUCACGAUGCCACAGAAGAACCUUAUUUUUCUAAAUGGUUCCAUUUAAGAACCUUUACCAUCUGGAGAACCUUUCUGUUCUUUGUGGUGAAAGAAGGUUCUUUAAAGAACCUUUGACUGAAUGGUUCUUUGUGAAACCAAAAAUGGUUCUUCUAUAGCAUCGAUGUGAAGAACCUUCUAAAGCACCUUUAUUUUUAAGAGUGUAGUUUGAGUUCUGCAGAAGAAAGUAGGUCGUACAGGUUUGGAACGACAUGAAGGUGAGUAAAUAAUAACAGAAUUAAUAUUUUUGGUAACUGAUCCUUUUAGUCAAGGAAUGUGUUCAUAGUAUUUCAUCUGUGUUGUCUUUUAAACUACUAUUAAGUAGUAACUGGGUGUUUUAGGGAGCUGGUUGUUUCUGUCAAACUACUACAUGCAAUGAAAGUGGUUUUUAACUACCUAUUUUUAAGAUUUUUUGUUUGGUCUCACUCAGACUCAUUUUCAGUAACAGUUCAGUAAGCGCUUGUACAGUAAAUCUUUCUUUCAUUGCAUGUAGUUAUAAACUUUCAAAACUUUUUAAAAAUCACUUAUUUGUUUUUGUUAAAUACAUAGUUCACCUGAAAAUGAACAUUUACUGAAUGUUGACUCACCAUCAGGCCAUCCAAGAUGUAGACGAGUUUGUUUCUUCAUCAGAUUUAGAGAAAUGUAGCAUUACGUCACUUUCUCGCCAAUGGAUCUUCUGCAGUGAAUGGGUGCCGUCGGAAUGAGUCCAAACAGCUGAUAAAAACAUCACAAUAAUCCACAAGUAAUCCAUUAUUUAAGAUCUCGUGAAGUGAAAAGCUGUGUGUUUGUGAGAAAUUUUGACGGCACCCAUUCACUGCUUGCAUCCGUUGGUGAGCAAGUGAUGUAUAAUACUAAAUUUGUCCAAAUCUGAUAAAGAAACAAACUCAUCUACAUCUUUGAUGGUCUAAGGGCGAGUCAUUUUCAGUCAGUUUUCUUUAUUGGCUGAACUAUUAAUGUUUUACUCGCAAAGAAGAAGAUAUCAUCAAGUGAACUACUAAUGCUUUCGCUUCGUCCUGUUUGUUGCGCUUCCCGCCGUAGGUUUUCUUUGUGCAAUAAAAUAAAACACAAGUUCCUCAGGGGCCCCGAUCGUUUCCCUCUCGGUCUGGUCCGUCAGUACUUCAGUACUAAGUGUUGAAGAGGGUUUUUGAAUGGUUUAUGAUUAUACGCUCCACAUACGCUUCGCCAACAAAUGUAAUCCUGAUGUAAGUGGGCGAUUCACUGCAUUAAGUUUCUCAGGUUUUGCAGCCAGUUUGGGCGUCUGUUGUUCUUGCGUGAAGCCACAACCUGUAAGCCCCACCAUACUAUCCACAAUCCCAGAGAAAACUGGCAACGUCAAAUCUAGUGUAGUACCUCAUUUGUGACUGGACUUUUUAGUUAUGAUUUGAAAGCAUCAUGUAUCAUCCAUAUCCCUGUACGCUUCCGUGUGUUUUUUUAAUUGUUUAGUCGGCUUUAAGUUUUGUCUGUAGUUUACACAAGGUUCAGAAGAUACGAAAGGGAGACAAACACUGCCUUGGCUUAUUUUACUUUUUUUUUUUUUUUUAAAGCAAUUUAUGUAUUACUGCUCCUGUUAUAUUGAUUUAUUGUCCCUGUUAUUAUAUUUUGUAAAUAUUAAUAAAAAAUGUA